GUGUAAUGCAACAUUUGGAUUUAGCGAAGCAAGAUGAAGGCAAAAUUUGGAUUCGGAAGCCAAUGCCUUCAUCAGAUGAUGGAAUAAUGAUCAAGAUAGAAAACCGCAGAGGUGGUGCGUUGGCAUUAGAAGGCAAAACUAUCCGCGCCUUGCAUGUAGCUUUUGACAAUUUCGGCGAUUGUUUCAUCAUGGGCGACCAACAUGGACAAAUUUAUUAUUUCGAUCUGAACAAGAAUCGAAUGAAAUUGUGUCAGCGUUUGGGGUCUGCAGUUACAGCACUGUCAUUUAGCACACGUCAUAAAAAUGAGUUCCUAGUUUGCUGUGCCGACAAUUCGAUGAAGUGUUUCAACAUGGAGACGAGAGACUUGCUAGGCUGGAUGAAAGGACACUCUUCGGCUAUCAAUAACAUUUCAGUCCACUCCUCGGGAAAAUACGCGCUCACGACUUCAAACGAUGUCGCACAGCUUUGGGAUUUGGAUACGUUCUCGAGGAAAAGGAAGUUAAAUAUACGGGAAAACGUGGGUAUUCUGAAAGUAUUCUUUCUUCCACUGAGUAACACCAUCAUAACUUGUUUCAAGGAUGAUUCUAUAUUCGGCUGGGAAGCGGAUACGCUGCAAUGUAAGUUUCAACUACCGGUACCCGUAGAAGAAAGGUCACAAUACCUAACUGUUGCUAUUUCAUCGGAUAGCCGGUUCCUGGUUGCAGGUGGUAGAAGCCAGUUCCUUCACGUCUAUACGCUGGAUUCACGACGUCUCUUCAGAAUUAUCCAAUUACCAAAUAAAGUAAAAUCAGUGAAGCAACUCAAUUUUCUACCUGAAAAAUUUGGCGACGGCUCAAAUGAAAUGCUGUCGGUUCUUAGCAAAGAUGGCAUUCUUCGUGUUAUUCAUAUACAUAAUUGUAAUCUUCUGUUCGAUGUUGGUGACGCACAGAAUCCGAUUCUGAACUUCACCUCAAGUCCAAAUGGAAAAUACAUUAUAGGAGUGAUGGAUAGCGGUUCUCUCCAUGUGUUCAGUGUUAAAAGCUUAACAUCACAUUUGAACAAAGCGCCAGUGCCGUUACUGAAAGUUGUAUCAGAAGGAGCCACUGGAUCCAAGAAGGUUCUAGAAGAUUCUAGAGCUACUUAUAGUUCAGCGCCAGUAUCAACCGCCAGAUCGUCGUGUUCAACCUUGAAAACCAUACCUCCCCCUGUAUCAUCGGCGAGAUCAGCUCGAACCGAUGUAACAUCGGAAUCGUCAUCAGCAUACCCGUCCUAUAAUGUCAUGACAGAACCUUUCGAGCUGAAAAAGUUGAGAAGGAUUCUGAGAGCUUACGGAGAGUAUCCAGCUAAGUACAGACUGUUUAUCUGGAAAAACUUAUUACAGUUGCCCGAGAAUCACGAAGCAUUCAGCUGUCUCGUAGACAAAGGAACUCACUCGGCUUAUCUCAACCUUCACGAAGACUACCCGAUGAAAAGCCGAAAACUUCUGCGUGUGCUUCAGAGAACUUGCUCAAGUCUCGCCCACUGGUCGGCAAUUUUCGGAGAAGUUAAGUUUCUACCAGUGAUGAUCUUCCCUCUUGUCAAGUUAUUCCAAAACAAUGCGCUGGUCUGCUUUGAAGUUUCAGCGACUGUUCUUUUGAACUGGUGUCAGCAUUGGUUUGAGUUCUUCCCGAACCCUCCAAUCAAUAUUCUUGCCCUGGUCGAAAACCUUCUUGCCCAUCAUGACAAAGUUCUUCUAAAUCAUUUCAUCACUUACAAAGUUACGUCACAAAGAUACGCUUGGCCAAUGUUAGAAUCACUUUUCUCCGAAGUGAUGACAAAACAGGAAUGGCAGGUCCUCUUUGACAACAUCUUCUCGAAUGAGCCGGGUUACAUUUUGUACGUUGUUGUCGCUUACUUGACAGUUUGCAGGAGUCCUUUGCUCGCGAUGACGGAACCAGAAGACUUCGACUACUUUUUCAAACACAGAAACGCGGCCAACAUACGAUCGGUUAUCAAAGAGGCAAAUCAACUAGCUGACUGCACGCCUGAUAAUGUUAAUCCAAUCAAACUUCUAGAUGGAUUCAUGCCUCUUUCGGUUGGUCAGUAUCAGGCAUUCAAUAAGUACCCUGACUUCGUUGUCGAUUUCGAGGCUAAAGAGCGCGAGAAACUGAAAGAUGACGAGGUUGAAUAUCUGAAAGAAAAGCAAGUAGCGAGUGACUUGAAGAAAGAAUUGUCGAAGAAAAUAAGCGACGUCGAGGAGUGGUACAAGCAACAGGAGCAAGUGUUGGCAGCAGGAGAACAACGAAAACAGCUGUGGAAAGAAGAGGCGAAAAUUAGGGAACAACUCGCGCGGCUGGAGAGUCUGAAACAGUAGAACACAUCAGAGAAAAAAGUGAAUCUAGAAUUAAUGCGAAAUCUUGACAAUAAUUCCUCGUGCUGAUCGUUUUCCUAUCAUCGAUUAGUGUAAAUUUGUAAAUAGUGUUUCUAUGGAAAUAAUCAUUCGUUUAGCAUCAGUUUGUACUUUAAAUAACUGUUUGGUACUUAAUUUUUUGAAAAAAGCAGGUCGAGUACA